AUGUCUUACACCUGCAACAAAUGCAACAGCUCAAAUGCGAAAUGGCAUUGUACAACAUGCGAUGACUUCGAUCUCUGUGAAACAUGUCGCGAAUCUGUUCCUCAUGAACAUCCUAUGGAACAGAUUAAACCACUCAUCGGUGCCGAAAGUGGAGACUCUAGCGGUAGCAAUCGGUUUGAAAGCAUCCAGCGUUGCAUCCUCUCGUUGGUUCAUGCUUGCCAGUGCAGAGACGCAAAUUGUCGUCGUGUAUCUUGUCAUAAGAUGAAACGUGUAGUACAGCAUACCAAACUCUGCAAGAAACGAGUCAAUGCAAGUUGCCCUGUGUGCAAGCAACUGAUUGCUUUAUGCUGUUACCAUGCGAAACAUUGCAACAGGGAUUCGUGCUCGGUAUGA